AUGGUCGAUCUAUAUCAAGAUGCAGUUACUGCUGGUCUCAAAGUAGGCCAAUGUAUCAAAGGGAAGGUGGGCUCCUACAUACUCUCGAAGCAACUUCACAAAGAUAUUUGGACUGCUACGUGUGAAGCCCUGCUCAUUAAUCGAUCCCCAUUGUCUCUAACACUAAAUAGGUAUCCAAGCCUGGGCAAGGUGAUCAUAAAGAACGCACCCAAGUAUCUCUUGGAAAUCGAACGCAAUGUCCUCAUGAAUUUUAAUGGCCGGCCAAGAAUUCGCCGGCUGCUGGAUGAGACACAAAACCCACCAUCCCUAGUGUUAAAACGCCUCGACGAUAAUCCCUUAAAUGUCGGGCCACAUCGAUUCAGAGAGGCUGGGCUAGGCGAUUGUGGCGACGCAUGUUUCGUGAACUCGAAAGACCACCUGAAGCCCGGAAAGAACGGGUAUAUGAUUGGAGCUCAUACGUUCAGGAAUACCUGGUCAUUUGGUACAACACUCAUAAGCCUAAUAUGGAGAUUAGGCUAG